CCUUUCUCUGCAGUGUGGGGCAUGGGUCAUUUGCUGGUUUGAACUUCAUUAAAUGGUGGAUUUUCUGUAACUUGAAGUCUUUAAAUCAAGAUUUGAGGACUUCAGUAACUCAGCCAGAGGUUAUAGGCCUAUGACAGGAGUGGGCGGGCGAGGUGCUGUGGCCUGCGAUGUGCGGGAGGUCAGACUAGAUGAUCAUGAUGGUCCCUUCUGGCCUUAAAGUCUAUGAGUCUAUGAAUUUUCCCCAACCAAUUUUACUCAUUCAAAGUGGCAAAGGUAAUUCCCACUUCCCGGGGGUGCUGCAAGGCUGAAUUCAUUAAUUUUUGAAAGGGCUUUGCAGUUCCACAGCCCUUAAAGUAUUGUCAUCGUUCUUUCAUUGUAUCAAUAUUGUUGGAAAUGAGGACGUUGCUUGGAAGAGGAAAAGCAGGGAAGAGCAUAUCCAGGCGAUGUUUAGAACUAAUACUUUUUAACUACUGUCGUUAGGUAUUUAGCUAGUUAGAACUUGGAAUGAAAGAUUGCUGCAGGGGCAGACAUUAGAGGGUGCCGUACAUGAAAGGGAACUGUCCACUUUAAGAUAUUCAUCUGUCUGUCAUAGUGUUUCAUGUGUCAAGUACACAGCCUUCCUGGAGUAGCUGUCGGCCUGAUUGCAUAUGUGAGAGCGAAUAUGACAUAAGUAGGAGAGAGAGAUUCCUGUCUUAAUGGCUCUUCAGGCAUCCUGGAUGACCAGCUGCUGCCAUAGCAUUCCAAGCCAGGGGUUUGGAUUGAGUCUUGGAAGCCUGUUCCUGCUUCCUCUGAAGUCAAUGGCUCAGCUCCCAUUGUGCUCAGCAUGGCAGGAUCAAACACUCAGUGUCCAUGUGGUGGGUGUUUCCAACCACCCAUCAUUGCAGCCGUGACCUGCCCAGUGUGAGUCAGAAGUUCUUGAAUGAGUCAGUGUAAGGCAGGCAGACAGGUUACUGCGCACCGGGGCUGGGUCACUUGUGUUUCCGGGGAUACGGUGAUGCCAGAGGAGGAUGGUGGAACCAGUUUUUCUGCUCUGGCAGUGGAACUGGGGAGGAGACAGUACAAAAUGACAAGACAGGAACUGCAGAGCUACUGCUACCAACUGAAAACUUGGGAGGCCACUUGCCUUUUCCCCCGCCAGGUAAGGCCACUUUCUUCUCCUCCUUGGUGUCUUUCUGGGGAUUUACAGCCUGGCUUUGUUACAUGGGAACUCUGAGCAGUGGGGAAAUGCGGGGUGUGAUCUAGUAGCAGGUCCCACUCUGUUUGAUUUCAGGCACUGAGACGCACAUUUUUGCUUUGAAUCCUCUUCUGCAGUACUUCUGGAGUGGGGAAAUUGCUGUUCCGAAAGCAGUCCACCUGGACAAGGCUCUAGCAGGGGUGGCUGUUAUCAUUUGUAAAUUCUUUGUGCCCACAGGAAAUAAGUAAAUACAAAUUAACACAUUUGCAUAGGCUUUAUGAAUAUGCAGCUUUGUUUUAUUUGGUCUAUAGGGCAUUCUGGUUUGACCUUUUACUUUGGUUCAUUCAGCCUCAAGGCAAAACUGCAAUUUGCCAAUUACAUGUUUAUUGUCGCUGUCUGCUCAUCCACUGUAUAAUCCAAUAGUCUGGCGAUGUGACUGCAGCCUUUUAAAAAAUUAUUUUGCAGAAAGUGGGGUGAGCAUGAGAAUGAGCGCAGGCUAGAACUGGCCAAACCAGAUCUGGCUUUGGAAAUGGAUUAGAAUAUCUAUUGCUUUCAUCUCAGCCUCCACCCACACAGUCAAAUGCAUUGCAAUCGAGCAUUAAAGCAAACAAGCCUGGCUAAAUGCGUGACACUGAGAUUGGAUCACAUUCGCCAGGGCGAGGGGGGUAUGCCCUGCUCCUGGCGAUCUAGCAGGACUGACUUUUCCCAAGCGAGUGGAGACUUGUGAGAUGCGAUAUGGGUGACUCCCAGUUGUACAUGCUCAGCAUGGCAGCUUUUGGCCUUUCCUAUUUGCUCACCAAUAGCGGUUUCCAUUCUCUGCUGAUACAAAUAUGCGGCUGUAUGGGAGGUUUGAGAAAGGGAGGACUCUGUGACUGGCUCGGUCUGCUCGCUGCACCCACUUCCCAGGCAACGGAUAUGACCGUAACUCACUCAGAGUGACGCUGUAAUGCUGUAGCCCUUGGGGAGCUCCAAACAACUAGUCUCACCUUAACACUCAGAGACUCGUUGAUUUUAAGGCCAGAAGGGACUGUUGUGAUCACCUAGUCUGACAUCCUGCAUAACACGGGCCAGAGAACCUCCCCCGAGUGCUAAUUCCUGCGUUAAGUCCAUGACUGCUGGCUGGGCUGGAGUAGAUCUUUUAAAAGGCUAUCCAGACGUGAUUUAAAGACUGUCAGUGAUGGAGAAUCUGCCACAGCCCUAGGUGAGUUGUGCCACUAGUUAAUUUACGCUCAUUUUUGAAACAGGAAUGGUCUCAUUAAGAGGGUUUCCAUUAACCCAGGAAACUAACCAUUCUGGAAGGUGUUAAAACAUUCAGCGCUCAUCCUUAACCUGCAGGUUAAAGGAAAGCAGAAAGGUGUUCUGAAUCGACGUGCGAGAGCCAGGUAGCUGCUGCAGAAUGUCUUCAAUCUUAAAGAUGUUCGGAAGAGAAGACCAGAAGGAUCAGGGAAAAGAGAAGGAGAAAGACAAGAAGGAAGAGAAGGAGAAAGACAAGAAAGAGGGAGACAAGAAAGACAAGAAAAAGAAGAAGAGGGAGAAAAAGGGAGAGGGAGAUGAAGACGAUAGCAGCAGCAGCAGCAGCUCCGACAGUGAUUCUGAAGAGGGUCACCAUGGUGACAAGAAGGAAAAGGAGAAGGAUAAAGAAUGAC